AUGCCAAAACACAACCCCGUAUCUCUGAGUGGUAGUUGGGAGAAACCAGGCCUAAGCUUGAUUACAUCACGUUUGGCCAAAACCAGUCAUGUCAUAGACGAGGAGAAAGCCUUCACCGUCAUAUACCGGGUCUCUGUAGUGAAGAUGUCUAAAGAUUAUAACGUUUCCGCUGGCGCCCGUGAAAUGGUUCACAAUAAUGCGGAUGGCGUAGAUGUUGAGUGGAUCAAGCGUUGUUUUGGAAACCUUCACGCGAAAUCGUAUCGUCGUUCCGGUAAGACCACGUUCCUAGCCUCGGUCAGUGACAAGGAUUGCCGUGAAAUCAAACCUGAAUGGGACCAAGACCUAGAUUCGCGGAGCUCCAGGCUAGACCCUGAACUCCCAGUAUACAGGAUUUCGGUUUGUUUCGCGAUCAGGAUGCAUAUAGAUGGCCACUUUCGAUGGGCUUCUCCGACGAUCCAAAAUUGUGAGUAUCACAGUGGUGAAUGGUCUUUUCAGUCGCUGGGAAACGAGCUGCGACACUUGGACGAACCGGAAUAUGGUCUGACUCUACACACCUGUUCCAAAACGAGCAACAUGGUUGAACAAAAUAUUGCCCAUCUAUGGAUGACUGCUAUGUGGUCAAUGAGCCUUGGACUCAAAGUCUGA